ACGGGAUUCGCCCACGAUUCCGAACCCCAGUUGCCCGACAUUCGCUCGGGUAAAUGCUUGUUUCCCAGCUAGUACUUACAAAAAGAAGUAUUACGGUUUAAGUUUGCUAUAUAAUUACUAAAUAGUUGUUGCCUUCAACCGCCAUCUCCUCUCCUCCAUAUACUUCUAGGACUCCUUUCUUAUACCCCGUCUCUAGUGCUUGCGUGCAGUUUAGACAUGACCGCCACUAAAGUUCUUCCAGAAUGCUGGGGUCAUCGUGGAGCUUCAGCAGCUUUCCCCGAGAACACGCUCGCCAGCUUUGAAGCCGCCAUUAGUGAUGGGGCAGAUGGCAUCGAGAGCGACGUUCACGUAUCGUUGGACGGUGUCGUCGUCAUGUUCCACGACCCGGACUUAGAGAGGACCACCGGAUCAAAAGGCUUAAUUAGGGAACGCGAUUGGCACGGCAAAGAUGGGAUGGAACACCUUCGUACAAUCAAACAACCUCAACAAUGUAUCCCCACGUUCGUGCAGACUAUUGCUCUUUUGAUGAAACCCGAGAACCAGCAUGUCAAGUUUAACGUUGACGUCAAAGUUCAGAAUGACCCAGACCGCCUCUUCUUGCUCAUGCAUGAUGUUAUCUCAGCGCAGCCUGAGUGGAGGACGAAACUAGCUCCCCGUAUUUUACUGGGCCUUUGGCAUCCGCGUUUCGUGGCGUUUGCGAAAGCGAGGUUGCCAUAUUGCAGGCGCUCACACAUUGGCUCGAGCCUUUCGAUUGCGCGGAAAUACUUCUGGGAUGGCGUAGAAGUGUUUUCAAUGUCGUUCGCCUCAUUGACCACUUCUGAUGGCCAGAAGUUCCGAAAUGAAUGCAAGACUGCGGGCAAGAAGAUUAUGGUGUGGACAGUGAACGAGCCGGAGCACAUGAUGGAGGCUGUACGAUGGGACAUCGAUGUCAUCAUCACGGACGUGACGAAGAAGUGGCUUGCACUGCGUGCCGCUCUUCAAGUCGAUUACGACUCCAUUCUGUCGCAUUACAGCCGAUGGUUCCUCUGGACGAAUUGGAAGUUUUAUCUGCCGCCUGUCUUGCUAAAUAGAGCUGCAAGAUUGUACCUCGAAGGUGGUGCAGGUCCACUCGACAAUUUUGCAACACCCGAGGCGUCUGCGACUGUUGUGGCUUGAAGGAUUCUCGAAGAUUGAUUGCAUUUACCAUUUUCUUAUGUCCGCGUUUCACGUAGCGUUAAUACCUCCAUUAUGUGUCCAUUACUUCAUUAUUUGGGUUGAAUGUAUAGAAUUAGAUAUCCGGUGAUUAGUACUGCUGUUUGCCAGACGAUUGCACGAUGGAUAAGUAGAAUUUGUGGUCGCAUGCUUGUAUACGUCAAUGCUAUAUCAAUUAUUGUGA